AUGCUUCUGGGAAAAGGGGGGUUAAACGUCUGCAAACGCUCCGUCCGCAGGCAGCCCGCGUCCGCCAAGUGGUACGACCGCAGGGACUACGUCUUCGUCGAGUUCUGCGUCGAGGACAGCAGAGACGUCCACGUCAACUUCGAAAAGUCCAAACUCACCUUCAGUUGCCUGGGGGGAAGCGACAACUUGAAACACUUAAACGAAAUCGACCUCUUCAACAGCAUCGAUCCCAACGAAUCAAAGCAUAAAAGAACAGACAGAUCCAUCCUGUGCUGUUUACGGAAAGGAGAGUCCGGGCAGGCCUGGCCUCGGUUAACGAAAGAGCGGGCGAAG